AUGGCCGACUUAUUGGAGCUGCUUGCUCCACAUCUAGAUCCAACCUUGUCUAAUGACCCAACUACCGACAAAUAUCUCAACCGAUUGUCAACCUUGUCCCUGGACGCUCUCCAGAACACCGAACCCCCGUCCCUCGCUCAAUCCUCACAUUCGACUCUCCUCUCCCUCCAAGCUCUAUCAAACCGUUCGCAUCGCGCAUUCGUCACAUCAUCUGAUAACCUGUCGACACUAUGUCAAUCAGCUCCCCAGUUGACCUGCGAGGCGCAGCAAUUGCGUGAGGCUAUCCCCAAACUCGAUGAGGAGGCAGUCAACUUUUCGACCAAAUAUAGUAAGAUUACAGAUAACGCUGCACUGGAAAGACGGAAGAAGGCCAUGCAAUUAUCUCGCAAUGUCGACCGACUCUCGGACAUCCUGGAGCUACCGACUCUAUUAUCUACCGCUGUAUCUGCGGCCUCCCUGAACUCCGGCACCGGAGCUUCCUCGACAACAUACUCAUCCGCCCUCGACCUACAUGCACAUAUUAAACGAUUACAAACACUAUACCCCGAAUCACCUCUGAUUCAAGAUGUAGCAUCUCAGGCAGAGGCUGCUAUGAAGGACAUGACAAGUAACCUGAUCACGGGACUUCGCGCACAGAAUCUACGGCUAGCAGCUGGCAUGCGAACCGUGGGCUGGUUGCGACGAGUAGCCCCGGAUCUCGAGGCAUCUGCCGGAGCUGGAGAGAGCGCACUGGGGGCUAUCUUUUUGGUUUGCAGACUGGCGCAUCUAGUAUCCACACUAGAGGCGUUGGACCCUCUCCGUGAGCUGGCAGACCAAGAAACCCAGAAACGACUUGGCAAGGACAAAUCAGACUCGAGCGCGUGGUCCGGCGGCCAGCAAACAGACCGUUACUUGAAGAGAUAUAUUGAAAUCUUCCGCGAGCAGAGCUUUGCCAUCGUUUCACUAUACAAAAACAUCUUCGGCGCCGAGCAGUCUGAAUCCGAUCUUGCUCUCUCGGGCUUACGAGGCGCGGAGGCCAAAGCCAAGUCGAAGCCCGCUCACUCAGAUGACCCUAUGCAACGUGUUCCCCCAGCUUUGGCGACUUUCCCCAUGUACCUUGUGCAGUUGCUCACGGAUACAAUGCGUGCCUACCUGCCCAACGUCCGAGAUCGGACCUCCAAAGAAAGUCUUCUCACACAGCUUCUGUAUUGUGCAGCAAGUCUGGGCCGUCUGGGCGGUGAUUUCAGUAUGGUUUUGACCGAACUGAGCGAGGAAGACGAUGAGGACAUGGCUCAGGAAUGGGAGGACGUUAUGCGCAAAUAUCGCGCCUUGGCGGGCCGACUCGAGCAACUGACUAGCCGCGUGCCUGUACAUUAG